AUGCCGCCGGCAAAGAAAAUGAAGUUUUCACUUCCACGUGGUCAAAAGACACUAACAUCAAUGCAAUUUCCAACAGGCUUAAGUUCAGAAUCGAGUCCCGAGGAAGGAGAUACAGCAAAUAUAAGAGGUGAGAAUGCUGAUGCAGAAUCGAACAAUGACGAGACCAAUCACAGGGAUAGUAUACAAGCACAAUCACUCAGUAAAGAGAUGAAUGUAGCUGUGGCUAAAAUGAUGACAGACCAUGAUGUAGCUUUAAUAAAGGCUAUAAAGACUGUGCAUUGGCUUGCCAAUGAGAAUUUACCACUGUCAAAAUUUGAAAGUAUGAUGGAUUUUCUUAAAGAUAUAGGCACACCAAGUCUCCAUUUUUUACAAGUUGGAAAUCGAAUCGAUUAUCAGUCGUACUAUUCAGCCAAUGAAUUUCUACAUGCAAUUAGUGAUGUGAUAGAAGAGAAAACAACUGAAAAGCUUCAGAAGUCACCAUUUGUAACAAUAUUUGCUGAUGAAAGUACAGACAUUUGUAACAAGAAGAGAAUGACAAUGACAGCUAGAAUAAUUAACCCAGAAAAUUCUAGAGCACAAACUGUGUUUUUGAGAGACAUUGAGUAUGAGAGUGGGACAGGGGAAGGAUUGACUUCUGAGAUAACUAAGGAGUUGAAAUUACGAAACAUCUCUUUGUCAAAGGUUCUCGGUUUUGGAUCAGAUGGAGCAUCAGUAAUGACAGGUUUAGAUAAAGGUGUUAUUGGAAGACUGAAAGAAUUGAAUCCCCACAUUUUAAACAUUCAUUGUAUGGCACACAGAUUAGCAUUAUGCACUGCACAAGCAGCUAAUGGCAUCCCUGCUUUGAAAAGAUACCAGGAAUUUAUGACAAAAUUAUUCUAUUAUUUUAAAGUGUCAGCAGAUAGGGAGAAGGAAGUUCACAAAGUUCAAGCUCUUUUGGAUCAUCCAAUGCUUAAGUAUAAAGAAAUUCAUGCUGUGCGCUGGCUCUCAUUCUACGAUGGAUUAGAAACCAUUUACAAAACUCUGGAUCCUCUUUUAACUUACUUGCACAACCGAGAAGCCAAAAAAGACCCUAAAGCCAAAGGACUUCUAAAGCAAAUGGCAACAACGCAAUUUAUAUAUAUCACCUAUCUAAUGAUGGACAUUCUUCCAAUUGUCAUGAGAUUGUGUCUAACCUUUCAGAAGGAUGACUUGGAUGUUGCUCGGGCUAAGAUUUCAGUUGACUCAUGUCUGCAUGAGCUGGAGGCUUUCAAAGAAGGAAAAACUUUCCACACUACAUUUGUUGAGCAGUUUGCUUCAGAUAUUACAGAAGUUGAUGACCAUCCUGAAUUCAAGGGACACAGAAUUCAUAAAGUUCCUGGUGCAAAUUUCCAAUUUCCACAGAAGUCCCUGAUGGAUGCCUUCUAUGUCCUGUCCAUGCGAACCAUAAAUUUCAGUGAUACAGAGACAUAUGGUGUUGAAGAAGUAAAUGAACUUCUUGACUACUAUGGAACUUCAAAAUCUCACAAAUCUGCCAUAUCACAGCCGGUAUUAUGUGCAGAGAAAGUUAGAAAUCAGUGGAUGUUGGCCAAGCAGAUUGUUAAGUCUGCCAGAUACCCAACUGACCGGAUGCAAGACUUGUGGGAACUACUCACAAAACACCAUAAAGAAGACUUGGAUGAACUGAUCAAGCUUGCACAGAUUGCACUCACUUUGCCCCUUCACACUGCAAGUUGUGAACGUGUGUUUUCCCAACAAAACAUUAUUCUAACCAAGCAGAGAAACUCCUUGGCACCCAAAAUUUCCGACCGACUGCUGAGAGUUCGAUUAAGGAAAUAUCACCCUCUGGUACCUUGCCCAAAUGCCUGGUAA